UGUGUCAAGCACAUUUACUUCCACAUGGCGGCGCCAUAUAAUAAUGUUCAAAACCCACAAUCCAGCCUUCCCUCUUUUCCUUUGGCUGGGCUUUCCUGGCUGUAGUUUGGAAGCCUCUCGCAGGGCGUGGUGGGAUAGAAGGCUUCUUCUUGGAGGACUCUAUGUAGUUUCCGAGCUAGCGGGUAACGGAGAAGAUGGCUGCAGCGGGGAUUUUCAGGCCAGUGUCUGAAAACACAUCGCUGUUUGUCAUGUUUCAGGACCGCGUGGAUUCGUGUUGCCCUUUAAUUGAAUAGUCUCUUCAAGGACUCGUGGAGGAUAAACAUGGGGUCUCAAACAUUACAAAUAUUGAGGCAGGGGGUCUGGGCUUCAAUCACUGGUGGAUGGUAUUACGACCCCCAUCAAAAUACAUUUGUGAAUGCCUUACAUCUGUACAUAUGGCUCUUCCUACUGUGUUUCCCCUUUACACUUUAUAUGGCUCUACCGCCCACCAUGAUAAUCGUGGGCAUCUACAGCGGGGUGAUCGCCGCCAUGUUCCUGCUGCUGAAGACGGCCAACUACCGGCUGCACCAUGCGCUGGACGAGGGGGAGGUGGUGGAGCGGAGGGCCCACGGGGCCCAGGGACACCCACAGGGGCCCGAGGGCCUCCAGCAGGGCGACGCCACUCGCCAGGAGGACAGCAAUGGGCCUGGGGACCCUGGAGGGGGUAUAGAGAUGGCAGACUUUGUUAGAGAAGAGACGCCGCCUGUGGAUUGCAGUUCAAGAAACUCAUACGCAGGGGUGGACUCCAACCACCAGAUUGUGUCAGCCCACGGGGGACCAGCCACAGCCAAAGGAGUUGUAGGCAAGACCUCAGAUGACAUCAGCUUGAGUCUGGCUCAGAGCUGCAGUCAGGACCAAGACCUGAUGUCAGACCCAAAGAUGUACUGCCUGGUCUCCAACGGCUCCUUCUCCUCCAUGCAGCCCUCCACCUCCCUCUGUCCGGCCGACCUGGUGCGCGACUUCUCCUCCGACCCCUCCAACGCCACCCCCCGGCACCCCUUCUCCCAGUCGCUGUCCUCGUGCGACACCGAGCUCACCACCUCCCACGCCCACCACCACCACCACCACCAUCACCACCACCCCCCCUCCGUCUCCUCACAGUCCUUCCGCAAAGACUCCCGGCCCCGGCUCCCCAGGACCUCCAGCUCAGCCGGCUCGGCCUUCCUGGCCCCAGAGCCCUCCCUGCCCGACGCGUUCGGACUGUACCCCCCGGCCCACAGAGGGGGGCUGGACCCAGUACGGGAGCUGGAGGGGGGCGUUCGGGUCGGCGUGGCCCGGGAAGUUGGCGCAGGAGGGGAUCUGGACAUGGCGGGCCAGUCGGUGGUGCCCUCCACGUCGGGCACUGACUGCUGUCGGCAUCACGACCGUCGCUGGUUGGCCCGCUCCGUGUCCCGUGAGGCCGGAGAGGGGGUGUCGUCCGGGGUCGGGGUGGGCGGACUGUACCGGGGCGGCGAGAGGUGCGGGUGCGCGUGCUCGUCGGGGAGCAAGCGCAGCGCGGACAGCCUGCGGAGCCUGAGCACGCGGAGCAGCGGCUCGACGGAGAGUUACUGCAGCGGCACGGAGCGCGACAGCAACAGCACUGUCAGCAGCUUCCACAGCGAGCGCACCAGCUCCACCCACGUGGAGAGCCUGCUGUCCCUGGCCGCCGCCGCGGCUGCCGUCGCCGACAGAGCGGACGUGCACGGACAUGCGCACGCGCACGCCCCGCAUGGGCGUACCAGCAGCAUGGGCAGUGGCAGCUCCAGCUCGCGGAACCUGGCCAGCCUGGCGUCGACGUCGGGCGAGGCCAACAAGAACCCGCACGCCAACCAGCUCUCCCACAGCAGACUGCCCAUGGCAGACACAAACACAGCUGACGGCAGCAACCCCGACUCCUCGUCCGCCCUCACAGUGCCCUCUCAGGAGGGCACGGACUCGCCUUCUUGUGGCUGCCAGCUUGGGACAGUCGGUGCCAGGACCAGCGCAGACGGGUCAGCUGGCACCAAGGACACCGUUGCCAGAAGGGACAACCCCGAGGACGAGGAAGGAGGGGACGGGCAGCUGAAAUCGGGCGGCCCGGCACAGCGGGCACCGUGCCAGCAGGUGGCCUCCUGCUCCUCCGCCGGCAGCCAAAGCCAUAGCAGCAGCGCCGCUCCCAGCGGGCGGCCCCGACGCCACGGUGGUAAGAAGCGCGCCAGCAGCUUCGAUGCCAGUCACCACCGAGACUAUGCCAACCUGCGCAACCUGGCUAAGCCCCACAGUGCCGUGUUUAGCGGCGGCUGUGGAGGGGGUGCGGGUAGCGGUGGGGGUGCCUGUGCCGGUGUGGGAGUGGGAGGCGAGGAGGACUCGAGCGACCAGAGCGAGCUGAGCUGCGGCUCCAGCCUGCACUCGUCCCACCAGCUGAGCACCGACUCGUCCUCGUCCUCAUCGCACACGUCCCGCUCCGCCCGCACCUCUCCCGAGGGCCGGUACGCCGCGCUCAAGGCCCGGCACAACCGGCCGCACGCCAAACACGACGCCGCCGUCGUGUCGGCCUCCGGUGGCGCCGGGAGGGAGCGCGAACGGGAGAGGGCGGGCAAGCGGCGCGCCUCCCGACGGACCCUGAGCACGGGCAGCGCCAAAACACACGCCCGUGUGCUCAGCCUGGACAGCGGCACAGCCGCCGCCUGCCUUAACGAGCUCAACGAGCUUAGCGAGCUCAACGAGCCCCAGCGGUUGGGGGCCCCCGCCGGGUCCCGGCCCCUCACCACCUCCAAGUCGGACCUGGAGGCCAAGGAGGGCGAGGUGCUGGACGCAGCCUGCCUCAUGGGCCGGGCCUCCCAGCUGGAGUCGGUCACGCGCUCCCGGAACAGUCUGCCCCCACACGCGCUCAUUGGAGUGGAGGGGCUGGAGGCUGCCAUCAGGGCUCCCGGCAGCGAGGAGGCCGUAACAUUCCGGCGCGAGCGUAGCACGUUCCGUCGGCAAGCCGUGCGGCGGCGACACAACGCGGGGAGUAACCCCACCCCUCCCGCCUCCCUCAUCGGAUCCCCCCUCAGUCUCCAGGAGGCUCUCAGCCAGGCCUCCCAGCCAUCUACUUCCCAGGUCAAAGGUCAGCCUUCCCGCACCCCGUCCCAGGUGACUGUGUUGAGCGCGAGCGCCUCCCUGCUGGCCAGGAAUGGAAGCGCGCAGCUGGAAUGUUCUCAGGACAAGGCCUCCACAGCAGGCAACACCAGCCUUCAGGAUGAGUUCGGAAAGCUCACCCCACCUCUGUACGAGGUCGGGGGCUGUGACAUGUCACUGGUGAACUUUGAACCCGCCACCCGAAGAGCCUCCAACAACAUUUGGGAAACAGAUUCUCAUCUCUCCAGUUCUACCUCAGUUCGUUUCUACCCCCAUGACCUGAUCCGUCUGAACCGGCUGCUAACGAUGGACCCAGAGUUGCUGGAGCAGCAGGACGUGGACCUGAGCCCUGAGCUGCAGGAGGCCCCUCUGGGCACGCUCGACCCGGCUACGGCAGCCCGCAAGGCCAAACAGUACUACCGCUUCUGGCUGCUCCCCCAUCUGUGGGUCGGCCUGCAUUUCGACCGGCUCACGCUGCUCGCUCUGUUUGACAGGAACCGAGAGGUCCUGGAGAACAUUCUUGCGGUGGUGCUGGCGGUUCUUGUGGCCUUUCUGGGUUCUCUGCUUCUGGUCCAGGGGUUCUUCACUGACAUUUGGGUUUUUCAGUUCUGCCUCGUCAUUGCUAGCUGCCAAUACUCUUUAUUGAAGAGUGUUCAGCCAGAUUCGUCAUCGCCUCGCCAUGGUCAUAACCGUAUCAUAGCGUACAGCCGGCCGGUGUAUUUCUGCCUGUGCUGCGCCCUCAUCUGGCUCCUGCACUACGGGAGCGAGUGGUGGGGCCCCUCCCGCUUCACCCUCUAUGGGGUGGUCAUCACCAGCUCCCUGCUGCUCGCCUCGGCCCGAGACCUCGUCAUAGUCCUCACUCUGUGUUUUCCCGUCAUCUUUUUCGUGGGGCUGCUACCGCAGGUCAACACUUUCGUCAUGUACCUGUUUGAACAACUUGACAUCCACAUCUUUGGUGGAAAUGCCUGCACCAGUCUGCUGUCUUCUCUCUACAGCGUCCUGCGAAGCCUCGUUACCGUAGCGAUGCUCUAUGGCCUUUGCUAUGGUGCCUUGAAGGAGUCGUGGGAUGCUGAGCACAUCCCUGUGCUGUUCUCAGUGUUCUGUGGCCUGCUGGUGGCCGUGUCCUACCACCUGAGUCGCCAGAGCAGCGACCCCUGCUCCCUAAUAUCUCUGGUUCAGUCUAAGGUCUUUCCCAACCUAAAGGAGAAGAACCCAGAGGACCCUCUGUCUGAGGUGCACGACCCUCUGCCUGAGAAACUACGCAACUCAGUGAAUGAGCGUCUGCAGUCAGAUCUGAUCGUGUGUAUACUCAUCGCUGUGCUCUACUUUGCCAUCCACGUCAGCACCGUGUUCAUCGUCCUGCAGCCUUUUCUGAGUUAUGUGUUGUAUGGUCUGCUGAGUGCAGUGGGCGUGUUGACCCACUACCUGCUGCCCCAACUCCGCAAGCAGCUGCCCUGGUACUGCUUCUCCCACCCACUGCUCAAGACCAAGGAGUACUACCAGUUUGAAGUCAGAGGUGCAGCACAUGUGAUGUGGUUCGAGAGUCUGCAUGUGUGGCUGCUGUUUGUGGAGAAGAACGUGCUCUACCCACUCGUCAUCCUCAACGAACUCAGCGGCAGCGCCAAGCAGCUGGCCAAGAAACUCAACACUGAGCUGGCUGCUCUGGUGAUCACUGUGGCUGGUCUGAAGCUGCUGCGCUCCUCCUUCAGCAGCCCCACGCAUCAGUACAUCACUGUGCUCUUCACCGUCCUCUUCUUCACCUUCGACUACCAGCACCUCUCCGAGACCCUGCUGCUCGACCUCUUCGUCAUGUCCAUCAUUUUCAGCAAGUUGUGGGAGUUGUUUUAUAAGCUGAGGUUUGUGUACACCUACAUCGCUCCGUGGCAGAUCACAUGGGGUUCAGCGUUCCACGCCUUCGCUCAGCCUUUCGCUGUUCCACACUCUGCCAUGCUGUUUGUGCAGGCCAUUGUGUCGGCCAUCUUCUCCACUCCCCUCAACCCCUUCCUGGGUAGCGCCAUCUUCAUCACCUCCUACGUCCGACCCGUCAAGUUCUGGGAGAGGGAUUAUAACACUAAGAGAGUGGACCACUCUAACACACGCCUGGCCUCUCAGCUGGACAGGAACCCAGGCUCUGAUGACAACAACCUGAACUCCAUCUUCUAUGAGCACCUGACGCGCUCGCUGCAGCACUCGCUGUGCGGGGACCUGCUGCUGGGCCGCUGGGGCAACUACUCCACGGGGGACUGCUUCAUCCUGGCCUCCGACUACCUCAACGCCCUGGUGCACCUGGUGGAGAUCGGCAACGGCCUGGUCACCUUCCAGCUCAGGGGUCUGGAGUUCAGGGGCACGUACUGCCAGCAGCGGGAGGUGGAGGCCAUCACGGAGGGCGUGGAGGAGGACGAGGGCUGCUGCUGCUGUGAGCCGGGCCACCUGCCCCACCUGCUCUCCUUCAACGCCGCCUUCGGCCAGCGCUGGCUCGCCUGGGAGGUGCUGCUCACCAAGUACGUGCUGGAGGGCUACAGCAUCACCGACAACAGCGCCGCCUCCAUGCUGCAGGUGUUCGACCUGCGCCGCAUCCUCACCACAUACUACGUCAAGGGUAUAAUCUACUACGUGAUCGCCUCAUCUAAGCUGGAGGAGUGGCUGGCCAAUGAGGGCAUGCAGGAUGGCCUGCGCGCCUGCAGCGAGCGCAACUACGUGGACCUGGACCCCACCUUCAACCCCAACAUCGACGAGGACUACGACCACCGGCUGGCGGGCAUCUCGCGGGACAGCUUCUGCGCUACCUAUCUCAGCUGGAUCCAGUACUGCAACUCACGCCGGGCCAAGCUUUUGGACAGUGAGAAGGACUCACCCCUUGUGCUGCUGUGUUUUGGUUUGUGUGUUUUGGGCCGAAGGGCACUGGGGACUGCAGCUCACCACAUGUCCAGUAACCUGGAGUCAUUUCUGUACGGGCUGCACGCCCUGUUCAAGGGUGACUUCAGGAUCUCCUCUGUGAGGGACGAGUGGAUCUUUGCAGACAUGGAGCUCCUUAGGAAGGUGGUGGUCCCAGCCAUCCGCAUGUCACUCAAACUACACCAGGACCACUUCACCUGUCCGGAUGAGUAUGAGGAGCCGGCGGUGCUGUUCGAGGCCAUCUCAUCCCACCAGCAGAGCCUCGUGAUCGCCCACGAGGGCGACCCGGCCUGGCGCAGCGCCGUGCUCUCCAAUGCGCCCUCGCUGCUCGCCCUGCGCCACGUGCUGGACGAGGGCGCCAACGAGUACAAGAUCAUCAUGCUCAACCGCCGCUACCUCAGCUUCAGGGUCAUCAAGGUAAAUAAGGAGUGUGUGCGCGGGCUGUGGGCGGGUCAGCAACAGGAACUGGUGUUCCUGCGGAACCGUAACCCAGAGCGAGGAAGCAUCCAGAAUGCCAAGCAGGCUCUACGGAACAUGAUCAACUCCUCCUGCGACCAGCCAAUCGGAUACCCCAUCUAUGUGUCGCCCCUGACGACCUCGUACUGUAACAGCCACGCCCAGCUGGGCCACAUCCUGGGCGGCCCAAUCAGCUUCGGCAACAUCCGCAACUUCAUCGUCAGCACGUGGCACAGGCUGCGUAAGGGCUGUGGUGCUGGCUGCAACAGUGGGGGCAACAUAGAGGACUCAGACGCGGGGGGGUUGUCGUGUGGCAGUGGGAAUGGGGGGGUGAGCGACUCCCAGCAGAGCUCCGUCUCUCAGGGGGGGCUCUCGGGUCCAGCCGCCCUCCACUCCUACCAGCCCCCUUCCAUAGGCACCAGUCACAGCUCUCAGUCAGUGCAGUCCGGUCUGGUGCGCCACUCCCCGGCCCGUGCCUCCGUGGCCAGCCAGUCGUCAUCCUGUCGCUAUGGCAGCAGCCGCCACUCCUCCCUCCGGACGUCAGCCACCGGCCUGGAGCCCUGCCGGCGCUCGUCGAGCAGCCAGCUCUCCCUCCGCACCCUCCCCACCUCCCUGCAGCUGCGGCUGGGCAGCGGCGGCCCCAACGUGGACCCCCCUCCUGGAGGUCCGUCGGGGUCCCUGUCCAGCCAGAGCAUCCCGGCCUGCAAACGGCACACCCUGGUGGGGCUGCUGGGGAGCGAGGGCCUGGGCGCUGCCCUGGGGGACGCCCCCACCACUACCACCACCAUGCUGAGCGCCGUGGGACACAUACACUACCACCCGCACACGCACACACACCACCCCACGCUCGGGUGCCUGCGGCGGGACGACAUCUCGUACAGAGUGCAGCUAGUGGACGUGAGUCAGGUACUGGAAGUGAUUAACGUAUCCAAACGUAAGGAACUGCAGUGGCCUGAUGAGUGCAUGCGGCUGCGUUCAGGACGCAACUACUGGAGAGACUGGAGCCCUCGAGAGGGCAUGGAGGGACAUGUAAUACACCGGUGGGUGCCUUGCAGCCGUGAACCGGCCACUCGCUCCCACAUGGACAGGGCCAUCCUGCUGGUUCAGGUGGAUGAUAAACUGAUUCCCAUUAUAGAGAUGGGGGUCAUCGAACUGGGUGCCGAGGUCUGACCCUGACAGAGGGCAAAGUUCAAAGGGGUCCUCCCCUUCCAACCCCACAAACCCUUUCAAUAGUCCCCACGGUGGGACAGGAAGCCAGGGAAGAGUGCAAGUAGAGGCGGAUCAUACACACACACUCACACAAAUGCGUAAACACACACAGACAGAAACCUGCCUUCUUGCGUGUGUCACACCAAUAUGCUGCAUGAGGGAGCGACUCCCAUCAGAACUUUCCUUAAGUUGAACAUUGCUGGGUUUUCUUUUUUCUAUGCAUUGGAUUAUGAUUAUGGCGACGAUGUUGACGUCAGUGACACUCAAAGAUUCAUGCCUUCAUACACACACACACAUACAAACAUACAUACAUACAUUUUUGCACAUAUAUACACAUACAUUUAUGCAUGCAUACAUACACACAUGCAUACACAAGCACAUGCACAAUAUGCACAAACUGUUCAUACCCAAGCACAACUCAAAGAUCUGGUACUGGGACACACUCACAAAGCAGACACAUACAUACACACAAAGACUUUAUCAGUUGUGAUUUAGAAUGGGCAAACCUUUGAGAGUUACACAAGAUGUAAGUGUUUGUUUGUUUUUGUAUAAUUUUUCAAAAAAAAACCUUUUGCCAAAAAAAAAAAGCCUGGUUCCCAAAGCCUGGCGUUCGCCACGUGUGUGAGGCAUGUGAAGCUUCUGCUGCCAAGAGAGGAGACUGACGGCCCUUAGCCAAUCAGACCACUGAACAGGUGACAGCCUAUCGGGAUGUAUGGCCUGUAGCCAAUCACAGAACAAGCUAUGGCCAAUCAGGAUACUGACAGCCUUCAACCAAUCAGAGCACUGAAGUGGCUAUGGGAACCCUGGAACUAAAAGGCCCGUAGCCAAUCAGGAGACCAGGUACAGCCCCUUCAGUGCUCUGAUACCCCCUUUCCACCAAUGGAAACGUUGGAUUAAUUUGAAGGCCUGUAGCCAGUCAGGAAACUGAGAAAACUACAGCACGUCGAGCCUGAGCAGUAGUCGCUCUUGGCCUGACGAGCUACAGCCAACCAAGUCACCAAAGAGCUGUAGCCAAUGAGGAAGCUGAAGGGACUGUAGCCAAUCAGAGGCUCAGGAUCAGUAGGUGCUGCACUCUAUUGUUUUUUUGACACUACACCCCCUGGUCUAAGUCCACUCCUGGAAUAUUUUGCCCUGCACAUCACCCUUCUAUUAUACAGCUCAUUUAAGAAUGAGUUAUAUGAGUUUUUAUGAUAUGCACAGUGAAGGCCCGGAUUCUGCCAAGACUAGAACGGGUUUGGGCCGGAGCAGUGGCAGAUCUGCACCAGGGCCCACUGCAGUGUGGGGGCCGCUCAUGCUCAUGUGUGUUUAUGCAGUGUUAUGUAGGUGGGUAGGGUCACUUAUGACACAGCACAUUGCUCAGCUGGUUUGAGGUGUUAAACAAUGCAAUGCAACUGGUUUAUUGGUUUAGGACUAGUCGACCUGCGAUGGCAGACAUCCCAGGGUAGUCUAGCAUAAGUAACCACAUGACUGCGUGACGGGGCAAAGUACCACGAGUGAGUUCAGACCAGGUCAACUACUUCAGUGAUUUUCAUGUUCAUUCUGUUUACGGGGAGGAUGUUUUUUUUCCCAUCGUCGUCUUUUCCAUUUAUUUACAGUUUAUGAAACAGCACAUAGUUUCAAAGGAAAAAAAAGGCUUGCACUAUAGUUUUUUUUUUGUUUGUUUGUUUGUUUUGUUUGAUUUACAGUAAUGCACUACAAUCUUGAAGAUAUAUCAAGCUAUUUAUUACUCACGAUCUUGAAUUGUCAUGGUAACCGUUGCCUUGGGAAUGAAAAAUGCAAUCAUCAUUCUGCUCAUCAGCCAUUUUUGUUUUUGUUUUAUCCUUCUGCAUUUUUCUUUAACUUGAAAGAAAAAAAGUUUUUACCAUAUAUAGUUAUAUAAAUAUAUGAAUAUAUAUUAUAUGUGAUUGUAAAAAAAAAAAAAGGAUUUUGUUUUGAAUAUUUAUUACUGUGAACAUUGUAUUUACAUUUUGUUACAACUUCAGUUAUGGGACAAACAAAGGUAUAUAGUUAAAUGUAUCAAGGACCAUCGGUUUGAAACAGAAGGCCGAAUUUUUUGAUGGACUGUUCCCUUAUUUAACUUGAUUCUUUUAUAAGAGGGAUAAAUAAAGGGUGUUUGAUUUAA